GCUGCUCCGGCCGCGGCGAUGCCGCUGUGGCUGCGGGAGCACAGCUGGCGCCAGACCCUCACUGCCGUGUACCUCUCGCUGCCCUUGCGCGGCGCCCGGGCCACCGCCGCCAACAUCUUCUGCAGCGAGCAGUACCUGAAGGUAAGCGUCCCUCCCUUUUUGUUUGAAGCCGUUUUAUAUGCUCCUAUUGAUGACACAAACAGCACAGCAAAGAUUGGAAAUGGAAACAUUUUCUUCACUUUGUAUAAAAAGGAACCGGCCAUGUGGGAUUCCCUAACUCUAGCAAAUGCUGACAAGGAGAAACUACAACAUCUAAGAGAGAAUGCUGUUCUAAAAGCCCAAGAAAAGGCAAAAGAGGAGACAAAAGCAAAAAAAAUUACAAAACAGGAACACAAAAAAUAUGCUUUGGAGGCCACAAUGAAGCUAGAGGAAGCAGAAAGAAAAAGAAUUGAAGAUCUAAAAGAAAAGGAGCGGGAGAAGGUCACUAAAGAGUUGGAGUUAUGGAAAAACCAACAAAAAGAUGGUGAUAAAUACAAUAACAUCCAGACAAAAGAGGAAUUACAUCAAGAAAUAGAGUCAUUAAAAGAGAGAAAAAGUGAAAAAAUGAACAAAACUCAGAUUCCUGAUGAAGGAAGUUCUAAGACAAGACUCAAAUCCACAAGAGGUCAUGGUUCCUGUAGUAUAUUUUCACAGGAUUUAAAGGAAGAACAGUUACCAGCUCCCCGAGCUGCUGCUACAAUUAAAGUCAACUUUACACCACGAGUUUUUCCCACAGCUCUGCGAGAAUCUCGUGUUGCAGAAGAGGAGGAGUGGCUACAUAAACAAGCAGAAGCUCGAAGAAUAAUAAAUUCUGAUUUAUCUGAGCUGGAAGAUUUAAAGGAAGAGGAGAAGAAUCCAGACUGGUUAAAGGACAAAGGAAACAAAAUGUUUGCAAUGGGAGACUACCUUGGGGCUGUAAACGCCUACAACCUUGCAGUGAGGCUGAACAAUAAACUCCCCAUGCUGUACCUGAACCGUGCUGCUUGCCACCUUAAACUGAGAAAUUUGCACAAAGCUAUUGAAGAUUCCUCCAAGGCUCUGGAACUGUUGACACCACCUGUUCCUGAUAAUGAGAAUGCUCGAGUGAAAGCCCAUGUGAGACGUGGAACAGCAUUUUGUCAGCUGGAAUUGUACACUGAAGGCCUCCAGGAUUAUGAAGCAGCUCUCAAGAUUGAUCCUAAAAAUAAAAUUAUAGAAAAAGAUGCUGAGAAGAUUCGACAACUAAUUCAAGGAGCAAUGCAAAGUUCUUAAUUAAAAAAAGUAUAAAAAAGAAACUUUGAUACCUUUGAGGACAUCAGACGGAAUCUUAGUGUGUGUUACCUAGACAUUGUUCUGCUUCACUUGGAGCACUUACAAAACUGGUAAAAGAUUGGAUAUAUUAUUGGAAAGUAUAGUAUUAUAAACAUGAUUAGAUAUAUUUUAUAUAAUUUUGAUAUAAAGUUGUUGUAUUUUUGCUUUUUGUUAGCAUUCUGUAUUGCUCUGACAAUCUGAAACCCUGGACUUUAGGUGGUUCCUUUUUGUUAAGUGUUCUUUCCAAACUGGGGCCAUUUCAACUAUACUUCUUUCAGUAGCAGUUUAAGCAGACUUCUGAAUUUUCUGCAUCAGCCUCUUUCCAGAAUACCAUUUAUGACUGAUUUCUGUCUUUAUAAUAAAGGAUUAUAUUAUUAUGCAGAUA